AUGCAGCAGUUCUCCCAGCAGAUCAUGGAGAUAAUGGAAGAGCGUUACGGCCUUGAAAAGAAACAGCCAGCCCAGGGCCCGAGCCUUCGCGAAGGCUCCAACGUAGACAUCAUCUCUGAGGGGCCUGCCAUCAACGUGACUUCUGCCAGCAGAACUACACCAGCGGACCAGCCUGCGCGAAGGUCGACACAGCCUGCCCCUACGGAGGAUUCGGACGACCAGCGUUCGUGGAGGUGUUCGCGAAGGGCUACACGAUCCCCACCUGCUUCGGACUCGGAUGAUCAACGCUCGCGGAAGUGUUCGCGAAGGAAGAAUCGCUCAUCCCUGGACUCUGGCUCGGACAACCAGCCUUCGCGAAGGACCAGUCGCCUCUCCCCUAGUGCGGACUCAGAUGAACCUUCGAGAAGGACGUCCCCACGCAGGCACAGCUCGUCAGGCCAUUCACCACGUCGAUCUCCUCGCCAAUCUCCGCGCAGGUCACCACGACGUUCGCCCAACAAGUCUCCGCGCAGGUCUCUACGUAGAUCGCCACCCAGGUUAUCACAGUCACGCAGGACUCCACCUCGUUCACCGUCGGAGGAGUAUCAACGUCCUCUUCUCAGCACUCCUGUUACUGAAAAUGAUGGCGGCAUCAUAUUCUCGGACUCUGAAAUACGGUACUGGAUGGCUAAUGGUUUGGACUUGGCUUCACCAUCUAAAGACGAUAAUCCGGCUCACACCUAUUUUAUGACAGAUGAUGAUGUCGACACGCUCACUCUUCCCCCGAUAGAUCCCAUCGCAACGGUUCCACAGAAGCUGGACGCAGCUUUCAAGACAGCCACUAAAACCCAGGCGCCACACUUACCACAGUUCAACGCCAGGAAGUUCUCCUCCCAUAACAUGGAUCCUUUCCUUAAAGCUCAGGACAUAGACGAGAACUUUAAAGAAGACCUGGUUAGGCAUCAAUUAGGCAGGCAAACACAUUCAAGAAGAAACAGACGGUUUGUGACCAGUUCAUCACCUGAUGCAGACGCCAUGGCCUCAGGGGGAGAUAAUUCCAUUAAUGGUCACCACCCAUCAGGCAGACGACGCAGUGUUGAGUUAGCAGAGCAGAUGAGGAAACAGGCGAUAGAGGCUGCAGAGGAAAUGAGAAGGAGAAUGUUAGAUGAAACUCAGAGCAGUGAUGGCGAACAGUUUCAUCCGUCAGGUCAUAGAAGAAGCAUCGAAAUGGCGAAAGAAAUGCAGAGACAAGUGUUAGCACAUGCCAGUGAUGAUGAAGAAUUUCAUCCGUCUGGUCGUAGAGACGGAGCGUUGAAUUAG